AGCUAUAAAAAACAAAAAGAAAAAAAAAGUGUCGUGGAGUUUGGCAGCAGUGAAAGUGGGACAAUUCCGUUGUCCGUCGUUGUCGAUAUAUUCGAGAGGGGAAAAAAAAAACAAAUCUCGGAGUGUUGGGGUCUCCUACGACAUCUUCUUCUUCUUUUUUUUUUGUUUCGUUUUUUGAUUUUACUUUUCGCCUUAUCACGGUACAUGCUUCCGCUUUACACAGCGUAUCAACACGGCAGGCACUCACACACAUAAGAGACACGGCUCGUGAAGAUUGUGACACGCGUUUCUCGCAAGUAGUUAUAUUACUACCACCACCUCCUCGCCGCGUAUAUAGGCGUAAUACAUACGCUUGCCUGGUACACACGGGUCAAUUUCUCGAGUCUAGACUAACAGACUUCAGACCCAGGAGUCCCCGACGUCCUUCGCAAUCGUCGCAGCGUUUCGUAUAUACGUAUAUAUAUGUAUAUAUAUAUAUAAACGCCGUUCGCAAUGUCGAGCGAGACGACGGCGAGGAGAGGAAGGAGGGAUUAGAUAUUAUACUUGCUUACUUGCUUAUAUACAUCGUACGACCGACUACUACUCGACGCGGAGACAUUAAGAAGGCUGCUUUUUUGCACAGGCCCGGGGGGACACCCGAUGUAACGCAACAACAACCGCGGAAAGUUACUAUAUAACUUACAGGGAAAACAGGAUAUAUAUAUAUAUUGUGCGUGUGUGUGCGAAUGCAUACACACGUAACACCUGACUCUAAUCGACGAAGCUAGUGCCGAUCCGACGUGCCCGAAACUUGUACGAAACGAAAAGAGCAAGAGAAAGAGAGAGAAGGACGUCAAGAGGCAGAGAGAAGAGUGGAGGAGAGAGCAGCGAGGUUGAGUUGCGGUUAAAAAUAAAAUACAUUUUACUUAGUAUAAUACGAGGAGGGACCAACUUGGAGAAGUUGAAAGUGCAUACGAAAUUAAACGUCGUCUUUACGGAGGGAUUAGGAAAGUCCGAAGAACAGGACGACACGUAUCGUGUAUAUAUACGUAUGUAUACCAUGUAACGUGUGAAUAACAACAAAAGAUACCACGUAUUUUCUCUAUAAAUUGACGCAGUUUGACGUAUCGUUGAAAAAAACUUGGUUGUACCUAGGCGUUUGCAAAAAUAAAUAAAUAAACAAAUAAAUAUAUAAAUCGUCGACAUCGAGGUAAAAGUCGACUUGUGAUGAGUGGUGAAAAUAAGCGGAGCUGCCGUCUCAGCUCGGGCGAAAAAGAAGAAGCAGCCCACUGUUACAGUCGCGAUUGUCAGAAGCACGCGGUCGUUAUCGUAGUCAGCUGACCUGCAGCACGCAAGAAGAGAUAUAUUACAUCUCGACUGACUGACUGACUGACUGACUGACUGACUGACUGAGUUACUGCACUGGGUCGCCUGCGUCGUUGUACAGGAAUAAACAAACAGCGUUUCGCGGUCUGUAACAAGGUCGAAAAGCAAGAGGAGGAAGAAGAGGACCGGGACGAUGAAGAACCCGGAACACGAGAGCGGUUAUUUCGAGGACGGCAGCGACGUCGAGAUCAUCGGAGAGUCCGAUCGUUCAAACUCCGGGGGAUCCGGACGCAGGGGGAUCAAGUGGACCUCGGCUGCAUCGGGUGGAUCCGGAGGAUCCGCCGGAUCCUGCAGCUUGGCCAAGGCCAUCAAUGAGUUGGACGUUAGAGAUUCGCCCGCGUCGCCGGAACCCGUAACGACGGAAGACGACGAGGAGGAAGACUACGACGAUGAAAAGGACAACAAAGAGGACGACGACCACGACGACCGCGACGACGACGUCGGCAACGAUGACGUACUUUGGAAGAGGAGACCGAGAGUCAAUUUGGCCGACAGUGGGGGUCAAAGGAUCGAUAUGUCUCACUUUGACCUACUGAAGGUUCUCGGAACCGGAGCCUACGGUAAGGUCUUCCUGGUUCGGAAGAGGACCGGGGCCGAUAGCGGACGUCUGUACGCCAUGAAGACCCUAAAGAAGGCCUCGAUUGUUCAGAAAAAAAAGACCACGGAACACACGAAGACCGAAAGACAAGUCCUCGAGGCUGUUAGAGAUAGUCCCUUCCUGGUCACGCUGCAUUACGCUUUUCAAACAGACGCAAAACUCCAUCUUAUAUUAGAUUACGUUAGCGGCGGUGAAUUAUUCACUCAUUUGUAUCAACGGGAACAUUUCACGGAAGACGAAGUUCGAGUCUAUAUCGGUGAGAUAAUACUCGCGCUGGAACAUCUACAUAAGCUUGGAAUUAUAUACCGUGACAUUAAACUGGAGAAUAUUUUACUGGAUCACGAGGGCCACAUAGUUCUUACAGAUUUUGGCCUCAGCAAAGAGUUCCUCCCUCAUGAGAGAGAGCGCAACGCCAGAGCCUACUCGUUCUGUGGUACGAUAGAGUAUAUGGCGCCUGAAGUUGUUCGUGGAGGAUCUGCUGGGCACGACAUUGCGGUCGACUGGUGGAGCGUUGGCGUUCUGACGUAUGAACUGCUGACGGGUGCCUCGCCGUUCACAGUUGAGGGGGAGAGAAAUACUCAGCAAGAAAUAUCGAAAAGAAUAUUAAGAACGGAACCUCCCAUUCCUGGGCAUCUCAGUGCCUCCGUUCGCAGUUUCAUAACAGGCCUUCUGGUAAAAGAUCCUCGACUAAGGCUCGGCGGGGGGCCUGAGGAUGCCAAGGAGCUCAAGGAGCACGAGUUUUUCAGCAAAGCUUCACCCCCCUUCAGUUGGGAAGCUCUUGAGUCUCGACAGAUUACCCCACCUUUCGUACCCAAGAUCACUCACGAGCUAGACACGAGUAAUUUUUCAGAGGAAUUUACAAAAAUGGUCGCUGCCGAUAGCCCUGCUGUUGUACCGCCAAAUUACGACAAACUCUUUCGGGGCUAUUCAUAUGUCGCGCCAUCGAUAUUAUUCGCGGAGAAUGUGAUCAGCGAGGAUAUAUUCAAAAACGUCGAACGGACUACGAAUGAGGAUCAACACCAUCGUCCAUCGACCUCAGACGAGUUAGCCUCCCGUUUCGAGGAAUCAGCGUUUUUCAAAACGUAUGAGCUUGACCCUAGAGAGGAAGCAUUGGGCGACGGAAGUUUUUCAGUGUGUCGUAGAUGUAGGCACCGUAAAUCGCAACAGGAGUUUGCGGUGAAAAUAGUUAGCCGAAGGGUUGACUGUGGAAGGGAGGCGAAUCUAUUAAAGAUCUGCCAGGGCCAUCCGAGUAUUGUAAAACUGAUAGACGUUUACAAAGAUCGAGCGCAUACCUAUCUAGUAAUGGAACUUUUGAAGGGAGGUGAGCUGAUGCGGAAGUCUCGUUCCUUCCCCGAGUCUCAGGCAAGUCGAAUAAUGCGCCAGCUUGCCUCAGCGGUAAGUUUCAUGCACGCAAAAGGCGUCGUACACCGGGACCUCAAGCCGGAAAACAUAGUAUUUGCCAACACAGGCGAUGACUUGUUGGUCAAGGUGGUUGACUUUGGGUUUGCGAGAAUUAAACAAGGCCGCGAGCCUCUUCACACUCCCUGCUUCACGCUUCCCUAUGCAGCACCAGAGGUUCUUGCCAGGCAAGGGUACGACGAGAGCUGUGACCUCUGGAGUUUGGGCGCCAUCCUUUAUUCCAUGCUUUCGGGACGGCCACCAUUCCGUACGGAUUCACCGGAUUUUGCAUCGCGCGUCAAGACGGGUGACGUGGACUUCGAGGGAGAGGCAUGGCAAGGUGUUUCAGCAUCGGCGAAGAACGUUGCACAGGGUCUUUUGACCACAGAUCCCAAUCGGAGACUCACUGCCACCGAGCUUGUUAAUCACGAGUGGAUUUUAGGCUCAACUACACCUGCCGCCGCACCAAUAGCCGAAUCCUCUUCUUCUUCUACAUCAGCCUCAACCUCAACGAGCGAAAAGGGGCAGAGCUUUAAGCUGAGGGAGGUCGAUUCGGCAAAGCUUGCGCAAAGACGAAGGCUUCCCAAGCGGUCCACAUCGAGUUCCGCGUCUUCUUCGGCUUCCAUUGCCUCCUCGAACGCCUCGGUUCAGCUGCUGCAACCACCCAGCGCGAGCACCACCGUCGCUUCCGCCUCCCCUGCGCAACCCAGUGCUUUUGACUUUCGCGAGGAAAGGGUAAACGAAUAUCUCAGUUCUUUGUCUUCCUCGUCCGACUCGAAUUCGCCAAGAAUAACUAGCCGGAAGACUGAGAGAUCGGAUCACCCCGGUGGCUCCAGAGCCAAAAGACGCAAACGCGAUCAUGACGACGUGAUUCCUCAGCAAGACGAUAAUGGAAGUGGUAACGGAAAUGGAAGCGGAAAUGGUAGCGGAAAUGAAAACGGCCCGAUUACAAGAUCGAGAAAACGAAAGUUGGAUCUAAAUACAAGCGGUUCUGAUAGCUGUGUCGAAUUAAUCGAUGCAACGACGAGCCCUGGUAAAAGAGAUACAAUUGUACACAGAAAACAGAGAACUGGAAAACGGCCCAAGCGACUACCUACCAUAAUAGUAGAGUAAAAAUUGCUUGUAAGCGUUAUGGUAAGUUAAAGUUGACGAUUUUACUCGUUUUUGUUUCCUAUGCAUUUUCCGUGACGUAACGCUGCUGCCUUUGGGAGUUGAUCGUGCAAGACGCGGAUAUCGCACCAUUCCUAUCUCAGUACUUUUAGAUUCUUUGUAAAUACAUGUAGGUAAGUGUUGAUUUGAGCAUCGCCAUUGUCGCCUACUACAUUUUCAAGUGGCGUCUUUGAUCAGUUUAUGAAGUGAAGCUGUUGAUUUUUUUAACGGGUAGGUAGGGUAAAUAAUAAUAAUACUAACGACGACAUAGGUAAAAAGAAGAGAAUGAAGCAUGAAGUUAUUUUUAUUGUUGAGUAUGUAAAAAAUAAGAGCAUAUCUAAAAUUCGUUUAUCUUUUCUGCAAUAUUAUAGUUAUGCACACACACACACACACACACACACACACACACACACACACACACACACACACACACACACACACACACCACACAUACACAUGCACAUGUAUAUGAUACAUGUAAUAUAUACAUCCACAUAUAUAUGAAUAUAGAUGAUGUAUAAUUCUUGGGUUUUCUGUGAUUACAUUUUGUAUAAAUGAAACGUUGUAUCGAAUCGUUGACAAUUGUUUAAUACACACAUACUGUGACUGUGCCUCGGGUAUACCCAAUUCUAAGAGUAUACGGGAAAAACUUGGACUGGUGCCGUGUUAGUUGAUACUAUUUUUGAAUCGUUAUUAUCGAUAAUUUAAACUACAUUCGUGAAACUAAAAUGUUACGGCUUUUUAAGAAUUACUUUCGAUGAGGGUUUCCAGUCACGUUUCCCAAACUCUUGACGAAAACUAACUGAAUGCUAGAAUAUACAUGUAAUCGAGCUGGCCUUUUUGCCUUCGGAAAAAAAAAAUUAUAAGCCUGUUUUACCACUUACCUACAUAUUAAUUAACACGGGAUUGCCGCGAUUGUACGACUGCUGUAGGUAACGGAUAAAAAAAAAAUAAAAAAAAUUAUAUAUAUAAAUUAAAUUUAAAAGACAUAAAAAAGAAUAAAAACCAAUAAAGUAAAAGAGUAAUGGGAAAGACUGAAGAGGUUGUAUAAGACCAACUCAGGGAACAGGCAUGCUUACAAUAAAACGUCUUUAGUUAUCGAUAUACGAGAGAUACAGGUUCUGCAAGGCUGUACGCACACCUCUGCCAAAGACGACUGAAGCAACGUUACACUGUAAGACCAAACGAAAACAAAAAAAAAAAACGAAGUGAAAAAAGAAAAAUAAAAAAAUCAUGAAAUCAAUAACUGUAACAAUAAUAAUAAUUAUAAUAAUGAUGAUACUAAUAGUAGUAACAAGAAUAACAAUAAAUCAAUAAUUAAACGUAAUAAACCGAAUCGUAUAUACAAAGCUGUGCACUGAUUGCAAAACGGCGCUAUGGCGCUGCUUAUUAUACUACUACUAUAAAUUGUACUUUAAAUAACGUAAUAGAUACACCUUACAUAUUAUUAUGGCUAAUUGAAAUUGAACAGAAAUAAUAAAUAUGAAAAGAAAACAUAAAAAUAAUUAUAUAUUUAAUAUAAUCGUAUGUAAGAAGUGAUAUUCUUUAACAAGAUGCGUAUAAUACGAAUAUAUACGUAUAUGUGUACGUAUGCUUUCAUAUGUAUACAUAUAUGCAUGUUUUUAUUUAGGAACAUAGUCAUUAUGAAUCAUAAAUUAAAUUAAUUAUUGCUAAUGAAGUAAAAUUUCGUUUCCUGUCUUUUAUUUAAAAAAAUUUUCCUUCUUUCUCUUGUGAUAUACAGUACCACUAUUGUUAGCUACAUUGUAAUAGACAAUUAUCCUUUGCUGAAAGUGUAUGUGAUAUGUUAUAUUGCAUACACAGAAAGUAUAACUAGCAGCUUCUAUGAAAUAUGAAGAACGCUGUUUUGUUGCUAUGGAUGCAUGAAAGAGAUGCCUCCUUUGUUACUACUGGUUGUUUAAAUAUAUCAUACGAUGUUUAUUUA